GCCACAUCCGGUUUGCAUCACAAUUCAAGCGUCAUGUUGUCGUGAGUAAGGUAGUUCGCUGACUUUAAAGAUGUAGCCUAGUUUGCUUCUUCACAUAGAGGUGAACUUGUCUUCAUCAUGAUGUCAUCGGAUCCUCCAUCUCUGCGCUUCGGCCAGGUUGUGAUUGGUCCGCCUGGUUCAGGUAAAACCACUUAUUGUCGGGGCAUGCAGGAGUUUCUGAGUCGCCUCGGGCGAAAGGUGGUCAUUGUAAACCUCGAUCCUGCCAACGAAGGCUUGCCUUAUCCGUGUGCCGUGGACAUAGCAGAGCUUGUAACUCUGGAUGAUGUGAUGGACGGUCUAAAACUCGGCCCCAAUGGUGGUCUCAUCUACUCUAUGGAAUAUUUGGAGGCAAAUUUGGACUGGUUGGAGAACAAGCUGAAGCUGCAUCAUGACUGCUACUUUCUGUUUGACUGCCCAGGCCAAGUGGAACUGUACACUCAUCACAAUUCAGUGAAGAAUAUCUUUGCACAGCUGUCCAAGUGGAAUUUCAGGCUGACUGCAGUGCAUCUGGUGGAUUCACAUUACUGUGCUGAUCCAGCUAAGUUCAUCUCUGUGCUGUGCACAUCUCUGUCCACCAUGCUGCAUGUUGAAUUGCCACAUGUAAAUGUGCUGUCAAAAAUGGACCUCAUUGAGCAGUAUGGAAAACUUGCCUUCAACCUGGACUUCUACACUGAGGUUCUGGAUCUGUCAUAUCUGGUGGAGCAUCUGUCUGCAGACCCUUUCUUCAAGAAAUUUCACCACCUCAAUGUGAAGUUGGCUGAAGUGAUCCAGGACUACAGCUUGGUGUCUUUUGUACCUCUGAAUGUGCAAGACAAGGAAAGCAUGAUGCAAGUUCUGAGAACUGUGGACAAAGCCAAUGGUUAUUGCUUUGGAGAUCUGGAGGAGAGGAACCUGCAAGCCAUGAUGUCUGCUGCUGUUGGAGCCGACUUCCAGUUCAGCACAACUCUUGGUGUACAGGAGAAAUAUCUGGAUGCUACUAAGAACCAUGUGGAGGAUGAAGUUAUGGACUUGUAGAACUUUUGGUAUGAAUUAAAAAAGGAAAAAUUAGAAAAACACAUUUUUUAAAUGUCUUAUUGUUUUACACAUUGAAAAUAUUACUGAUAAAAAUAUAAGCAACAGAGUGAAUUGAUGUUUCCAUUUCUGAAAAUUAAAAUGUUUACAUUCACA